GUCGGGAAACCACAGCAGAGCAAUCAAACGUUUGAAGACGUAAAGUAAAAGGUCAAAAUGUUUAUAUUAUUCAAAAAAGGGAGGUGCUGAAAGCUCCUUUCCGCCUGAUUGGCCGAACUUGACAGUGAUUGACGUGCAUCCAUGGUAACCAAGCAGCCAAUCUGCCAAGUCCAAUAGGAAAUCAUCAGAGGGGGCUUGACUGUCUUUUCUCCCCCUUCAAAAAUACAUCUCGGCUCCAGCCUUAAUUCUCUCGUACUUUCAAUCUCGACCUACGUUCAAAAAUACGCCGCGGCUGCAGUUUUAAUUCUCUUCCACGUUCAGCCGCUCGCCGACCAAGUUUCCCAAGCCCGAGGAUGCGGUAGCGGCCACAGACAGCAUCGUCCCUGCUCCACGGUGCUUCGUGUUGCGCGUUUUUCCAUCGUUUGGUCUGGCGCUCGGUUGGCUAACUUUGGGAUUGCCUUGUUUUUUUUUUUUUUUUUCCUUGGUGUCUUGGAUUUGCCUCGGCACCCUGAGAGAGGAGGCGAAGGAGUCGACGCGGAGGAGAGAGGAGAGAGGAGGGGGAGAGGGAAAAAGAGGAGAAGGCUCCAUGUUUCAGCUGCCUAUCUUGAAUUUCAGCCCCCAGCAGGUCGCCGGGGUCUGCGAGACUCUGGAGGAGAGCGGGGACGUCGAGCGCCUCGGCCGCUUCCUCUGGUCGCUGCCCGUCGCCCCGGCGGCCUGCGAGGUCCUCAACAAGAACGAAUCGGUGCUGAGGGCCCGGGCCGUCGUUGCCUUCCACACCGGCAAUUUCCGCGAACUCUACCACAUUCUGGAGAACCACAAGUUCACCAAAGAGUCUCACACGAAAUUACAGGCCCUGUGGCUCGAAGCGCACUAUCAGGAGGCUGAGAAGCUGCGGGGACGCCCGCUGGGGCCGGUGGACAAAUACAGGGUGCGGAAGAAGUUCCCCCUUCCCAGAACGAUAUGGGAUGGAGAGCAGAAAACCCAUUGCUUCAAGGAGAGAACCCGGCACUUGUUAAGAGAAUGGUAUUUGCAGGAUCCUUACCCGAACCCCAGUAAAAAGAGAGAGCUUGCACAGGCUACUGGACUUACACCCACACAAGUAGGAAACUGGUUCAAAAAUCGUAGACAAAGAGACAGAGCGGCGGCUGCGAAAAAUAGGCUCCAGCAGCAGGUCCUGUCCGGGGGCUCGGUUCGCUCCCUAGCGGACGAGGACGGGACGGUGGAUCGUCUGGGGAACUCCUCCAGUCCGGAGGCCAGCCUGUCCAGCAAAGCCGCCGCCUCGGCCAUCUCCAUCACCUCCAGCGACAGUGAAUGUGACAUCUGAUGAGCAGAUCAAGGGUGUUAAAAGAGAGGAUGAAUUAAGGGGAUACGAGUGAGAGACAAUCUAAUAAGUCAUAGUGCCUGCGUCAAAUUAAAAAAACACACACACACACACACACAAAAAACAAAAAACAAAAACAAACACAUACACACAAAAAAACUGUUAUUUGACGGCUGCCAAAAACAUGAGGGGAUGUGUGGUCUGCGGCGGAGUGCCCGUCCUUUUCCUAUAGGCCUAUACUUUCAUAUUGUUUGCGUUUUACCCACGUGUGGAUAACUGAACUUAAUAUGGACGAAAAAUAUUUCACGGACUAAUAAACCAACGCCUCAAGACGAAAAAUUAAAAAAAGAAGAAAAUGAAAAAAAGGAAAAAGGAUGAAGACAUCCGAGCGCCUAACCUGCUGUUUUCUGUGGGUAUUUCAUGUUGAAAAAGAACUGUGAUAUUUUUACUUUACUUUCAAAGUUUUAUAAAUAAUGUUUAUUUACCUAUUUAAAACGAUCGGCUCUGUCUCUUAGAAUUUCAUAUUCAUUUGCUUGGUGUUUUUAAUAUUUACCUUGUGCACAGGUGAACCUGUUGAGCAUGUGCGCUUUAGUGAAAAUGUGUUUCAGUAAACGAAAAAAAAAAAGUAAAGAUAACUUAAUAAAAUAAUUGUUGAUCAAGAGA